AUGGCAGCAGAAGCCAACGGGACAGCCGCAGUCACGCCCAGCUCUGGUGCUGGCGAACUCCUGCCAGGGCAGCCCCUCAGCCUAACCCAGCCUGGGCAGAUAAGUCCACCCCAGAAGGUGACCCAGCCCGGGCUUCUGGCUCCAAACUGGCACCAGGAGAAGGCCCAGAGGAGGAGCUGCCUUCUCCAGGAGCUGGGCGCCUUCUAUGUCAUCGUCGCUGUGCUGCACCUGUUCUUGGGCACUUACCUGCUCUCCAGAGUCAAGAGCCUUCACCUGGUGGUGCUAAAGUCCUGGUAUCCAUUCUGGGGUGCUGCCUCUUUUGUCAUUUCAGGGAUCUUGGCAACAACAAUGAAGACCUCUCCUAAAAUGUGUCUGAAGGAGUUGUGCCUGAUGGCAAACCUCAUCAGUUUCUUCUGUGUGCUGUCCGGCCUCUUUGUCAUUGCCAAGGAUCUCUUUCUGGAGAGCCCAUUUGAGUCCCCAAUCUGGAGAAUGUACCCCAACACCACAGUCCACAUCCAGAGGCUGGAGCUGACCCUGCUCUGCUUCACCUUCCUGGAGCUCUUCCUGCCAGUGCCCACGGCCAUCAUAGCCUGCCCAGGAGACCACCUGUCUGCAGAGGAGGACGACUUGUCCCUUGUUCCCAACACACCUUUGGAGCUCAGGGGUCUGUCGAUGGGGCCUCCCCCGUCCUACGAGGAUGUGACUCAAGGUGACACACAGGAUGAGCAAAAUCAGAGGUGA